AUGCACUUUCAGAUGGCACGAAUAGCAAAGGAGAACAUCUUGCUGCUUUUCACUGUGGCUGGUGUACUGGCAGGCAUCCUCUUGGGUAUCACGCUCAGAGAUCCAGAAGCGAAAUGGAGCAAGCGUCACUUGAGCUAUUUGCGAUUCCCUGGCGAUGUAUUCGUUCAGAUGCUUAAAAUGCUUAUUCUACCACUAAUUAUGUCAAGCAUUAUUACGAGCUUGGCUUCCGUAGACCCGCACACAGCGGGUAAACUCGGGAUGAUAUCUCUGAUGUACUACUUCAUAACAACGAUGAUGGCCGUGAUAUUGGGCAUCGUUCUAGUGGUGUUGAUACAGCCAGGUAAAUGGAUGACCACAAAUAUAGAGGAAAUUGUUGGUGAAGUCAAUAAAGCCCCUUGUAUUUCUACUGCAGUCGACACCAUACUUGAUCUCGUCAGGAGCCUUUUUCCGGAAAAUCUCAUGGAGGCAACGUUUCGGUCUCAUAAAGUGUGCAUGAAAUUUCUUAAUGGAUCUCAGCAAAUGAAUCCGGACAUCGUUCUAAAAAUGAGCACCGAGGAGCGGGCAGCUUUUACUGAACUUCCGGAGCGAGUGACUUCAGAUGGAAUGAACAUUCUUGGAUUAGUAAUGUUCAGCGUGGCACUAGGAAUCACCAUCGGAUGGAUCGGUGAAGAAGGCAAUGCGUUGAAGGCGUUCUUCAAGAGUCUUGAAACAGUCAGCAUGAAGCUGAUCUCACUUGUCAUCUGGUAUUCACCACUUGGCAUAACAUUUCUGAUUGCCUCGCAAAUUGUUGGAAUGAAGGAUCCCGGCAAGGAGCUGCAGAGGCUCAUGGGUUACAUGAUUACUGUGCUUAUUGGACUAUUCAUUCAUGGCUUUGUCAUGUUGCCAAUUCUUAUGAUUACGUUAGCCAGACGAAAUCCGAUUAAAUACGUUUACGGGAUGGCGCAAGCUCUUCUAACUGCACUUGCAACGAGCUCCAGUUCCGCUACACUACCCCUUUCUAUCAAAUGUGUUGAGGAAAACAACGGUGUCGACUCUCGAGUAGCACGAUUCGUCCUCCCACUUGGGGCAACUAUAAAUAUGGAUGGUACUGCUCUAUACGAAGCCGUCGCAGCCAUCUACAUUUCCCAAUGUGUUGGCCUGGACCUAUCAUUGGGUCAAAUCAUUCUCGUCAGCUUGACCGCAACAUUAGCCAGCAUUGGAGCUGCUGGUAUUCCACAGGCAGGAAUUGUAACAAUGAUCAUGGUAUUGAUUGCAAUUGGACUGCCGUCAAACCUGUUCAUUUUGAUAUUCCCAGUUGACUUCUUUCUGGAUAGAAUUCGUACCACCGUAAACGUGCACGGGGACAGUAUUGGUGCUGCUGUGGUUGGAAAGCUUUGCGAGAACUUGACCGCAACAUUAGCCAGCAUUGGAGCUGCUGGUAUUCCACAGGCAGGAAUUGUAACAAUGAUCAUGGUAUUGAUUGCAAUUGGACUGCCGUCAAACCUGUUCAUUUUGAUAUUCCCAGUUGACUUCUUUCUGGAUAGAAUUCGUACCACCGUAAACGUGCACGGGGACAGUAUUGGUGCUGCUGUGGUUGGAAAGCUUUGCGAGAAGUACUUGAAGCAAGAUCGUACUGCAGGUGCAGCUUCGGAACACAAUGAGCAAGGCUACAGUAUGCUGUCGACAACUGCUAGUCCGGAUCCGUCGAAACGGAUCAGUAUUGGCAAUCAUCACUACGAAAACUCACAUAUGUUGUGA